AUGGAGCCAUCUCAGUCACCCCUCCCACGAUGGGCGCAGCAUCCGUUCGACAACCCUGUCGCGAACAUCAUCCUCCACUCCGACAACAUCGACUUCUGCGUCCACAGCGUCAUUUUGUCUGAAGCUUCAAGGACAUGUUCAGCCUCCAGCAGCCCGUCGUCGACCAUACCAAAUGCAAUGGCGGGGACAAGUACAGAGAUGGCCGCACUGGAUUGA